CAUUGCUAAAACCCUUCUUCUUGCACUAUAUUCAUAUUCCACACUGCAACACUCAACACCGAGAAGCUAAACGAUGUCGUUUAUGCGCGGAGAUUUGCUUUGCCAAACGAGGAAGCUGGUGAAGGGUCUAGCGAAAGCAGAACCCGUAUGGCUGAAAGCGAUGGAGCAGGCGCCACCUGCAACAUUUCCUCCAGUUGCCGGCAAAAUUCCGACCAUCAGUCUUCCUGAGGAUGUCUAUGUGAAGAAAUUCUAUAAAAAGUAUCCGGAAUCCAAACACCAUGACCCCAUUAAGUUUCAUGCUUUUGAUCCUCCUCCAUCUCGUAUCUUUGCCUUGAGNGUUCUUGAAUUGAAAGAGCAUGGUGUUAGUGAGGAGCGAGCAAUGGCUAUAGCUGAUCUGGAAUAUCUGACAGAGAAGAAGGCAAAGAAGAAAGCAUAUAGCCGUUUGAAGGAAAUUGCACGUCUUCAAGGAAAGAGACCUCCUCCAAAUCCAUAUCCUAGUGCUAUCAAGGAGAUACAAGCCCACGAGAGGAAAUAUGUUCGUGAUCGUUUCUUCAAUCCAAACAUACUCCAAAUUGUGAAGCAACAGAAAGCCGAGGCAAUGGAGAGAUUCAAUGCCCGUGCUGCUGCUGCUGCUGAUUGGUGAAAACUUACACACUACAUUCAAUCUUUUCCUCUCACAAUAAUGUUUAUCAUUCACCCACUGAAAACUGCCUGCCUAUUUCUUCCCUCAUAUUUUACUUGUUGUAAUAGAUAAAUUGCACUAGAAAGCUUUACAAAAUUUCAUGUGAAGGUCAUUUCUUCCAGGCUACUCAAGUUUUGUUAGAGCAGCAAAUACUUGCCUUGUUUUGAGCUCUCUCUUUUGUUGAAUUUGAAUCGUAACCAGUUUUUCUUCAAGUGUCUUAGUACUGUCAUCA